AUGGCGGAAUCAGCCUUUGCUAGACGUUCCCGAUCAAGAGCGUACAUCGAGGCCUCAUGCCGCACCACCCGCUAUCCUACUCUUUGUAUCAAAUACCUCUGUGGUUAUGCUAAUGCUAACAUACAAAGUCCAGAGCAAUUGGCUCACCUAGCUUUGUCUGUGAGCCUCUACCGUGCUUUGAAUACAAAAGCAUACAUGUUGAAAGCGGCCAAAGAACUCGAGGCAAGCAAGGCCAAGGGAUACCAAGCUGUGAAAGAUUGCUUGGCGGAAAUCAACGAUAGUGUGGAACAAAUUAGCCAAUCUAUCAUAGAGCUCCGUCGCUUGGGGCAUGAACCAGUAGGAGAUGAUUUCUUUUGGCACAUAAGUAACGUUGAGACUUGGGUUAGUGCUGCCUUAACCGAUGUAAGCACUUGUUUAGAUGAGUUGCCGGGACGUAAUAUGAGUAAGUUGAAGGCCACGAUCAAGGGAAAAGUCUUGAAUGUGGUGCAGGCUACUAGUAAUGCUUUAGCCUUGUUUCAUCGAUAUGCGGCAAGGUAUAGAGUUGCUCGGGCCAAGAAGCCUUGA